AUGGAGGCGGAUGAGGGGUGUCCAUUUGGGUGCUUCUUUCCGUCGGUAGAUCGGCACAAUUUCUGUGGCACCUCCACAAGCCGAAUUGUCGGCAUCCCGGACACCUCCCUCCUCCCCACUCAGACACCUCUUGGGUCUGAAGAAACAGAGGACGCCGAUUUUCAAAGCCAAAUCUUGAACGGAACGGCGCAGCAGGGGUUCAAUUGUUAUGCGGCAAACGCAGAGUGGAAUCGUUGGUUGGCUUAUAUCCAGCGGAUUGAUGCUGUGGAGGUCGCAUCGUUGACAUCGGAACAACUCGAUCAGUUGGAUACAUAUUUGGCGUAUGUGCGCGAGGCACCGGAGACGCAGAUUAUGUCACUUCCCGAUGCUGUUCGUGCCUGCCAAGAGAUCGGCGAACAGACGCAGCCAACCUUUCUGCUCACCGAUUCCAAGUCAGAAGGCGAGGAUGAAGCGUCAACCGCUUCGGACAAAUCAACCUUCUCCUAUUACGAUGCUGAAUGUCAGUUGGUCUUUGAAGAAGGCAAGAUAGAACCGAUUUGGGUGACAAACUACAUCUCGCCGCCGGUUAGCUCACGUAACGGUGCGGAGGUCAACCUACCGCAAAUUGAACAGUUUCGUCCCUCUCGCUCGCGCAGCCAAUUGCGGAUGCAGUUUACCUUAGAAUCCACGAAAGCGAUGCCGUAUGGGUUAGCCGUCUGGGGGAAUCACGCUGGACUCACGUUGGCAACCUCAAAUGCACAGGAAGUAACGUGGUUUGAAAAAAUAGUCAUGGAUGCCUGCCAAACGGUUAAAGCCUACUUUGACGCACUCAUCACAGGAGACACAGACCGGCUCAUCAAAAUGAUGUCUUUGGCUGAUCACUAUGUGAAGAUUGGUACGGAGCCAGAUGAGCAUAUUGAAGGCGGUGAAAACGCGAGAGAUUACUAUCAGCAAAUUAUCGCGAAUGCAGCAGAUAUUGCGAUUGAGUACGAAAAUCUUGAUAUUCAGGAGCGGGGGACAUGUGGCGUGGUUCUACACACGACAGAUAUGGCGGCUCAAGUGGCUGGGUAA